AGUCCACACGAGUCGACACAAACAACAAAGAGAGAGAGAGCAGUAUGGCAGCAUUGACAAUUGUGUAAUUUUUGCUUUUCUACGACAUAUCGAUUCGUCAGAUAAAUAAACGUUACCCGAUCACGGAUCGGUCUCAGACAGACCGUUGCAGAUCAUUCCAUCAGCUGCUUCACAAAAUGGGAGUGAUAUUCCUCGAACAUAUCGGUGGCAGUCGCCUGUUCUCCUGCGCUUCUUGCGAUACCAAUCUCACCAAUAGAUCACAGCUCGUGAGCACACGUUUCACGGGUGCCACGGGACGUGCAUUCCUCUUCAACAAAGUCGUCAACCUGAAUUAUAGCGAGGUUCAGGACAGAGUGAUGCUGACGGGUCGUCACAUGGUUCGAGACGUCAGCUGCAAAAACUGUGAUGCUAAGCUUGGGUGGGUGUACGAAUUUGCAACAGACGAGCAACAACGAUACAAGGAGGGUCGUGUUAUCUUGGAACGAGCUCUUGUCACAGAGAGCGACGGAUUGACAGAACAUAAUGUUCAACAAUAAUGUUUAAUAUUUAAUACUAAGUAGCGUUUAAUAUAUUAAGAAACAAUAUAGGAACCUCAUUUAAGUUAUAAUAAUUUUUAAUCUUGUCAAUUACAAAAGAUUCGUGACUAGCAUCAGAUUUAUUUGUGUGUAAGCAAGUGUUGACAAUGUUAUUUUCUUGUGAUAAGAGACAUGCAACAUUUUCGUGAAUGUGAUACGGUUCGUAUGUUGUAUAAGGAAAUGUCUUGGAUUUCGACCCUUAUUUAUGUCACCCUUUCAGAUUUACAUCUACAUUUUCGCGUCAAAUCUUAUUCACGACAAUUGUUGAAUCUAUAGAAGUGUAAACAUCAUUGGUAUUUUCUUGUAGAUGGAACAUUAAUAAACUGACCUCAGUGGCAAAUACAUAUGUUUGUCAAGAAAAUUAAGAAAACGUGAGUAUAUACAUUUUAAUGAGCGUGUAUUGAUGUGAGUGCAAUAUAGAUAUAAUUGA